UUUCCCUCGGAUCAGCCACUGGAUAGCCAGUCGCUCCCAAUGGCGGCGGCGGCGGCCGCCUGUGCGCUUCGUGUACCCUUCGACUCCCGUAUCCUUCCCAACCUCACCUUCCGCGCCCUUUUCUGCAACCUUAGAUCCUCUAGAGUGCUUUGCUCCUCCACUUUGUCUCUUCCAUCUACUACGACCUGCUUGGAUGGCACCGAAAUCGAUGGAGGUGGCGGCGGAGGAAAGAGGUGGGAGUCAUUCUGCAAGAAGAAGGUCGUCAUGCGAGUUGGAUACAUCGGAACCGAUUACAGAGGUCUUCAGAAGCAGCGGGACGCUCAUGAUUUAUCAACUAUUGAAGCUGAACUGGAGUCUGCCAUAUACAAGGCAGGAGGGAUUCUUGAUAGUAAUUUUGGAAAGUUGCAGAAAAUUGGUUGGAAAAGGAGUAGCCGAACUGACAAAGGAGUUCAUUCUUUGGCCACCACAAUUUCUCUGAAGAUGGAAAUACCUGAUCUUGCCUGGAAGGAUGAUCCUAGUGGCAUUGUACUCGCUAAUUAUGUUAACUCUAACCUGCCCAAUAAUGUGAAGGUUUUCAGUAUUUUACCUUCCCAAAAAAGCUUUGAUCCAAGACGGGAAUGUAGUCUCCGUAUGUACUCCUAUCUUCUUCCUGCAGAAAUUAUUGGCAUUGGAGGCAAUUGCAGCUCCAAAGAAGUCACCAAGCAUUUGGAAGAGUUCAACAGUAUACUGAAAGGUUUUGAGGGAGAGCGCCCUUUCCAUAACUACACAGUUCGUUCCAAAUAUAGGAAACCACCUUCUGGUAAAAGAAACUCGAUGAAACAAUCAAGACUGAAACUAGAUACAUUGCCAUCAGGAGUUGAGGAAAGUAGUGGUGAUGUUGGAAAUUUCCAUGUUGAAGAUGCUACACAAAGUGAAUAUGAAGAACGGGCCAUUCUAUCAUGUAACACUGAUGAUGAGGAGGAAGUAGAUGAAUCUCCGGAUGAAAAAAGAAACGAAAAUAAGAAUUCCAAUCUUCCUCCGCCUGUACGUGCAAGAUGGCUUCAUGAACCGGAUGAAAGGGACAGAUUAAAUGCGUCUCACUUCAGAAAAAUUUUUAGGUGCUCUUGUGGGGAUCUAGAGACAUCUUCUGGAAGAAACCAUGUCGUGUUGUCAAUAUGUGGUGAAUCUUUCAUGUUGCAUCAGAUCCGCAAAAUGGUUGGAACCGCAGUGGCAGUGAAGCGGGGAUUGCUACCUAGAGAUGUCAUCGAGCUAUCUCUGGCUAAAUUUUCUCGUAUAGUUCUACCACUUGCUCCUUCAGAAGUAUUGAUCUUGAGGAGCAACCACUAUACUAGUAGCAAUCGGCCUGGAAAUACAACCCGGCCAGAGGUGCAAUUAAUGGCUGAAUCACAGGAAAUCCAGGCAGCCGUCGACAAUUUCUACCAGAAUGUGCUAUUGCCUCAGCUCUCCAAGUUCCUCGAUCCAUUGGAGUCUCCAUGGAAAGAAUGGGUGGAAAACUUGGAUGCAUUCACUAGCAUCUCAGAUGCAGAAUUGAAUGAUGUCAGAACAGCAUUUCAUGUGUGGAAAGAAGGCUUCUUCAAAGCAAAGAAAAUCCAAAUACAGAAAAUCCAAAUACAAAUUUCCUAGAUGUGAUGCUGAGAUGUUCCUAUACAUUGUGGCAAAUGUAUAGGAACAUCUCAGCAUCACAUCUAGGAAAUUUCCUAGAUGUUCCUAUGCUGAGAUGUUCCUAUACAUGAUGAUUGGUUCCUUGUGUUUUGAUCCCCCAGUUGAUAAAUUAGAUAUCUCCUUUUUGUCGAGGAAUUUAAUUUUUGUUUAAAUUGCGCUAUGCAAUCAUAUGGUUCUUUGAAGUUUAUCAGUUAUAACUGGGAAAUGAUCAAUGA